AUGAUUACCCCAACGGGACCGUCUCCAGAAGCAGAGUCACGGCUCACUUUUGGUGUCGAACUAGAAUUUCUCUUAGCAACUGUACUCAAGGGUGGUGAAAACCCUCAUCCAAGCGAUCCUCGCGAGGUAGAUCCAAGAAUCCUCGCAGAUGAAGAUUCCAUAAAUUAUGAUAUUGAGAGGAAAUUGGAGGAAGUUGGCAUUCCAGCAACGGUGAUGGAGUACGAGUAUGGAAAUACCAAAGAAGUGACUGCAGCGACUGCUACGAAUUGGAUAUUGAAAACUGACAUCACCGUUGGCCCAGGUGUGCAAAGUCCAAGCACCGGAAAUUAUUGUCAAUAUGGCAUGGAAAUAACAUCUCCACCCUACUACUACGAUGCAGCCACUCGAAAGGCUGUAGAGACAGUUGUGAGAGCACUGAGAAAUAAUUACUUAGUGCGCGUUAACGAAAGUACAGGGUUGCAUGUUCAUAUCGGUAAUGGAUAUCAUGGUUUCGAAUGGCCCAUUUUACGCAAUUUUAUGGCCAUCGCAUGGACCUACCAACGUCAGAUUUUAUUGAUGAUUCCCGAGGCUCGGGUAAAUAGCAUGUAUUGUAGAUCCCUCUAUGAAGAGUCUCCACUAGGUAGGAACAAUCCGGGGCUCACACGCCUUGAGUUUCUAAAUCGUAUCCUGUCAUUUACUGAUAAUGGUCAAGUAGUUGGAGAACUGGGACGCAAAUGUGCAGGCUUCAACAUAAGGAAUUUAAAACCCCCGUUCCGUUCUGAUUUUGGCAAACGCACAAUCGAGUUUCGUCACCACCCUGGAACUCUUGACUCGGAGAGCAUUUUACAUUGGGUUCACAUAUGUGUGAAGUUGGUUGAAAAGGCAUGUCUCAUCAAGAACGAAGAAGACCUUUUCGAACAACUACGAGCCGACGUCGAAAAGCCAGUCGGAUUUGGGGACAAGAAUAAUGUUACUACGGUCGAUUAUCUUAUGUGGCUUGGCUGCCCGUCCCAAGCAUACUACUAUGGUAAGCAGCUUAUAUCCGACAAGGUCCGAGUAGAGAAAAGAAUAAGAGAUGCAGCAGAAAAAGAAGCGAAGAGCUUAGCUACACAACCCGCAGGACUUCCGCAAAAUAUUCUAGGUAUCUUGGGGAAUGCCCUCGGGGUUAGUAACAGGUAA